AUGUCUCCCAGAAUCACCCGCUCGUCGGUUCGUCACGCCGCAAACCAAGCAGGUCCGCCGCCCUCCACAACUCCUGCCCCAGGUGGCGCAGAACCCGUCACGGCUGCUCCUGCUGCCUCAACUCCCGUCUCUGCCAGUCAGACCUCGCGUGCCACCACCCGCAAGCGGAAGUCAAGGGAUUCCAAUACGUCACAGCCCGAAUCUCCGGAUCACACCGCGGCAUCCCGUCGACCUAAACGUCAGAAGCCGGUUACCGAGUCAUCAGUAAAACCGCCUUCACAGUCCCCUGCCGCUUCCACCAGAAGUCGAAAGGGAAAGGCUCCUGCUGCAAUGUCUAGCCCAGAUCCCAAUGUCGGGCCGUCUGGCCCACCCGAUAACGCCACAUCGGCGUCCUCGAGUAGGAAGUCCAGCAGAAGCAAGAAGAAUACACAACCCUCGGCAGAGUCGAGCACACGACCCCAGAGCUCUGCAAAACGCCGAACAUCUCAACGUCCCUCUAAGAACGAUCCAGAUCAGGAUAUGGUCAUGACUGGCACCGACGAAGCCGAAAAAGCAAAGCCUCCGCCUCCACCAGACCCUGCAGAGCAGCAAUCUGGAGAUGAUAGCGACGAGAACGACGAUGAUGAUGACCACAGAUAUGACGAUGACGACGACGACAUCGAUCCUUUUGGUAGCUUUGGAGGCCCGCCUCGCGGCCUGGUGGGAGGUCUUCCGAUGUUGCAUACUCUUAUGUCUGGAAUGGGUUCCAGACUUCGCUCCCUUAUGGCCAAUCUAUCCAACAAAGAGGAUCCAUCAGUACAACUGAUCGCAUUGCAAGAUCUGUCCGAGAUUCUCCUCGUAUCAAACGAAGACAAUCUUUCUGGGCACUUUUCACCCGAUGCCUUGGUCAAAGAGCUCGUGGCUCUGAUGCAGCCCCACGAGAUUACAGGGGAGGAGAAUCCAGAGAUAAUGCUUUUGGCCUGCCGCUGCUUGGCCAACCUGAUGGAGGCACUGCCACCAAGCGUUGCCAACGUGGUGUAUGGAGGGGCAGUUCCUGUCUUGUGCCAAAAGCUGCUUGAGAUAUCCUUUAUCGACUUGGCAGAACAAGCCCUAAGUACCUUGGAGAAGAUCUCUUAUGAGUACCCGGCCAGCAUUGUCCGCGAGGGUGGCUUAACGGCUUGUCUGUCGUAUCUGGAGUUCUUCCCAACAAGCACGCAGCGAACAGCCGUGACUACCGCCGCAAAUUGCUGCAGGAACAUUACGGAAGACUCGUUCCCCGUCAUCAAGGAGGUUAUGCCUAUUCUGCUCAACGUUCUCAACAGCAGCGAUCAACGAGUUGUGGAGCAGGCAUCUCUAUGCGUAUCACGCAUCGUCGAGAGCUUCCGAUACUAUACUUCAAAGCUGGAGGAGCUUGUCAGCGUUGAUCUUCUCAAGGCCGUCCUACGACUACUUCUUCCAGGCACGACAAAUCUUAUCUCACCGAGUAUUCAUACCCAAUUCCUCAGGGUUUUGGCACACACAGCUCGAGCAAGUCCUCGGCUAUCGGCGGAACUCUUCAAGCUGAACAUUGUCGAGACGCUGUACCAGAUCUUGACUGGUGUUUCGCCUCCAGCCGGUACUGAUGAUGUCGCCUCUAAGCUGGACAGUGUCCUCAUAAUGCAGGCUUUAAUCCACCGUCCUAGGGAACAGAUUAUUGAGACAUUGAAUGUCAUAUGCGAACUGUUGCCUGCUCCUAUUCCUGUAUCUGCGCCCCAGCAAUCCGAGAUAUCUGUUUCGACAGCAGAACCAGCAACCCCGUCUUCUCAGGCGUCUCGGAAAAAGACGACAAAUGAAAAGAGAGUCGAGCUCCUCGAGGACUGCAAGGAGCAAGUUCGGCGCUUCUGUUUGAUCUUGUUCCCUACCCUCACGGAUGCAUUCUCCAGUACCGUCAAUUUGACAGUCCGCCAAAAGGUUCUCACUGCACAACUCAAAAUGUUGUCAAACUUGGACACGGAAAUUCUCACGGAAGCCCUCAAGGUUGUCCCUUAUGCUUCGUUUCUUGCUUCAAUUUUAUCGCAGCAAGAUCAUCCUAGCCUCGUUAUGUACGCCCUGCACGCUACCGAGCUGCUUAUGAGCCGUCUCGAUAGCGUCUAUAGGUACCAGCUGUACCGUGAGGGCGUUAUCACGGAAAUCACCAAGCUUUCCAUCGAGGAAGAUAAGUCGGUAGCAGAUGAGGGCAAGAAGCCCGCUGAUGAAGCAGGGUUGGAAACACCCGGACAGUCUACGGCCUCGGCCGCAGCUGGGAGCAAGGCUGCCGAUCACGAUUCAGACGAGGAAAACGGUGACGAGGACAAAGAUGACGAUGACGAAGACGACCACGACGUAGAUGAUGAUUGUGAGGAUGGCGAGGAUGCCAUGCGCUCUCACCACUCAUCUGACGACGAGAAUGAUGACGAAAACGAUAACAAUCACCGAAUCGAAGAAAUGUCAGCGUCACCGGCCAGUUCCGAAGGUUCCUCGAUGUCCAUCGAUGGUCCAGCUCGUCAUAUUAUUGCUCCUAUUGAUUCCAUGCAGAAAGCCAUUUCGGAUGUUGCCAAGAAGUUCCUUGAGACCUACGAAACGGAGAAGCACAGCAAGGUUAUGAAGAAGAAGGCCACCAAGAUUCUCGACAGUCUCUCAGCCCUCGCGACGGAUAUCGAAGUCUUCUACCUCCAACGCAGCUCUCAAAGCGUAGAUGCCUCCAGAGGUGUUGCUUAUUUCAAGCAGCUUGCGUCUUACUUCGACUCGGACCAGCUGGAGAGCGUCACAAGUGCUGAGCUUCUUGCUUCAGGACUGGUGCGGGUUCUUGAGCGGGUGUUUAGUAAUCCCGACGAGAGCCUUGCUGCGGCUGCGCAGUCGGACUUUCUGCAAGUUUUUAUGGGCUACACUGUCAAGUCAAAGCCAAAGACUGCUACGGCAGACUCGCCGGCUACUCCUUUUAGUGUCAUGGUUCACAAGCUGCAGGAUUUACUAAGCAGAUCAGAGCAUUUUGAAGUUAUUACAGUCCAUCAGAAUGCGCUUGAUGGCAAUAGGAGCAGUGCAGCAUCAAUGCUGGCCAAGCAGAUCAGGCUCAGGUUGGUUGCUGACGAUGAUUCGGAUAUACCUCGGGCGUAUCGCAAUAUCAUGGUCAGUAUCCAUGCCAUUUCGACAUUCAAGUCCCUGGACGAUUACCUGCGACCUCGCAUCAGUCUUUCGGAACGACCUAGGAACAACAGCUCUAGGAGUGUUCUUUCAAGGGCUAUGGCUGCACUUGCUGGCCAUCCAGGAAUUCCUCUAGAGGCGGCCGAGCGGCUCGCUGCCCGUCUGCCGGCCCUUGCCGCAGGCGGAAGCCCUUUCGGUGGUCCGAGUGCAGGAUCGUCGCUGUUCCAGCCUUCGCAACCCUCUGCGUCUCGAUCCGCCCGCAAGCCCAAGGCCAAAUCCAACUCGUAUGCGGAGUCCCCGAGCACGCCAGACCAAGCUUCGCCAACGUCUCGCGAUAAGGCUGUGCUCAGACGGUCGAGUAGACGACAGGCUGCAUCGGCGGAUACGCCCCCACCACCACCCCCUCCUGAAGAAGAAGAGAGCUUGGCCAAUGCUCUCGAGUGUGCCGAUGAAAAGCAGCUUUCUGACGGGGACGACAUGGGAGAAGCUAGUGCGCUCGAUGCGAUAGUGGGCGAGCUUGAGGAAGACAUGGGAGACGAGCCAGCAGUGGAUCCUACAGCUGUUAACAUGGAGGUUGCAGCUGGCGGGAAGAUCACCGCGAGGAAGGACGAUGGGACGCGUGUGCCAACCCCCUCACAGGCAGCCGGCUCGGCUUCAACCGCACCACCAUCAGCCAGUGGAAUCAGUAGGGACAGGACCAGUGCCAUCAGUGCGGCCUUCCAAAGCCUGCAGGGUACUCCCACCCCCGGCGGACCUUCGAGGCCGCUGUCAUAUGCUGCUGCGGUGCAGGCAACUCCACAAGACUGGCACAUUGAGUUCAGUGUAGAUUCCAAAGUGAUCCCGAACGAAACGACAAUCUACCGGGCGAUACACAGCCCCAAUGCGAUUGUCGAUAGCAGCGUCAGCCGCAGCGUCUGGUCUGCUGUACACUCGGUCAAGUUUCGCCGAGUCCCCGGUCCACCUCCAACUUCUGAAGGCUCACCUUUCGGUGCAUCUUUUGAAGGAGCUGCAGGGACCGUGGAUGAGAACGGGACACCUGCAUCUCUCAGCAAGCAUCCUGCCACUACGUCAAUCUUGCGUCUUCUCAAGAUGCUUCAUGAUCUGAAUGCCAAUAUUGAUGACGUUUUGGUAGAGAACAAGGAGGCCUUGAAACUGAACAUCGAGCCACUAUCGCAAUUUGUAAACACGAAACUCACGGCAAAACUAAACAGACAACUGGAGGAGCCGUUGAUUGUGGCGAGCAAUUGUUUACCCAGCUGGAGUGAGGAUCUGGCUAGGCAGUUCCCAUUCUUGUUCCCCUUCGAGACGAGACACCUAUUUUUGCAGUCAACCUCAUUUGGCUAUGCACGAUCCAUGACAAGGUGGCAGAACGCGCAAUCUCAAGAGGAAUCGCGUCGCGACCGAAGGGAUGAGCGUCCCUUCCUGGGCCGCCUGCAGCGCCAGAAGGUGCGCAUUUCCAGAUCCAAGAUACUCGAGUCGGCGGUCAAAGUCAUGGAGCUGUAUGGCGCAAAUCAGAGCAUACUUGAGGUGGAAUAUUUCGAAGAAGUUGGUACUGGCCUCGGGCCUACCCUGGAGUUCUACAGCACGGUGUCCAAAGAGUUCUCGAAGAAGAAGCUCAAACUUUGGCGCGAUGCGGAUCCCCACGACUCGGACGAGUUUGUUUCCAGCCCCAACGGCCUAUUCCCGCGACCGAUCAGUGAGGAAGAUGGCUCGGGAAGCAACAGCGAUAGGGUUUUGGGUCUUUUCAAGAUCCUUGGCAAAUUCGUUGCUAGGUCAAUGAUCGAUUCUCGAAUUAUUGACAUCAAUCUUAAUCCCAUCUUCUUCAGAAUCGGAGAUGAAAAAUCAGGGGUGAAGCCUUCGCUGGGCGCGGUCAAGAUGGUUGACCCAGCACUUGCACGGUCACUGAUGCUGAUCAAGAAGUUUUCCCUGGCGAAGAAGGAAAUUGACGAGGAUCCUUGCCGGACGCCUGCCCAGAAGGUCGCCGACACGGAACGUAUCACGCUUAACAACAUCUCUAUAGAGGACCUAUCGUUGGAUUUCACACUACCUGGCCAGCCCCAUAUCGAGCUUAUCCCCAACGGGGCUCAAAUCAACCUUACUAUGGACAACGUGGAUCUUUACCUCGACAAGGUCAUCGAUAUGACCCUGGGGAGCGGGGUUCGUCGACAGGUCGAUGCCUUCCGCCAAGGCUUCUCUCAGGUGUUCCCUUACGCCGCCCUAAGCGCUUUCACUCCGGAUGAGCUUGUGUCUCUAUUCGGUCGUAUUGAUGAGGAUUGGUCCCUUGAAACACUCAUGGAUUCAAUUAAGGCCGAUCACGGCUACAACAUGGACAGUCUUAGUGUCAAGAAUCUCCUGCAGUUCAUGAGUGAGCUCUCGCCUGCUGAGCGACGCGACUUCUUGCAAUUCACCACGGGCAGCCCUAAGCUACCUAUUGGAGGGUUCAAGAGUCUCAAUCCCAUGUUCACUGUGGUAUGCAAGCCAAGCGAGGAGCCUUACACUUCAGACGACUAUCUUCCGAGCGUGAUGACAUGCGUCAACUACCUCAAGCUUCCAAACUAUACCGAUAUUAAUGUCCUCAGGAAGAGGAUGUCGACAGCUAUGAAGGAAGGCCAGGGAGCCUUCCACUUGUCUUAGCUCUUAUCAAGACUGGGACUCGUAAUGCCGGAUAUGUAUUUAUUAUUUCGAUCGCCGCCCGCCUCUCCCGGCAGCAAUGAUCCUUGCCCUUCUUGGAAGGUUCGCGUGUGAAUUGGCAGGCGCAAGGUUUUCCGGGGAUAACAGCGAUGACUGCAUCAAUGAUGGCCACGAUGAGAGGCAUUAACAUUCUGUUUUUGGGCGCCUAUUUGGGGUUUUAUUCUUGUCACAUGCAUUUAAGGCAAUGGUAUUAAACUUGAGGUACAUGGCGAACUGAGUGAGGAUGGUUCCAAAUUGCCCCAUAUAAUAGCUGGAGAACAAGGCAGACGAUUGAAGCACUUGUUCGCCUGACCUUGAUUUUUAUAUUCCUAUCAGCACCAUGUAGCGAUAUUUUCAUUUGCCCUUGACUAGCCGUAAAUCAAUGUUUUUAUGAUCG